AUGGAAAAUGAACAGAGCACAGAAGCAAAGCUGGGGCUGCCACCCCUCACACCUGAGCAUCAGGAGUUCCUCCAGAAGAUGGCAGCUCAGAGGCAGAGGAUACUGGCAAUCAUGUGUUGAGUGUAUGUGGGCUCCAUCCAUUAUGAGUUGGGAGAAGACACCAUCCUCCAGGCCUUUGGCCCCUUUGGUCCUAUCAAGAGCAUACACAUGUCCUGGGACUCAGUCACCAGGAAACACAAGGGUUUUGCCUUCGUGAAAUAUGAAGUGCCAGAAGCAGCCCAGCUGGCCUUGGAACAGAUGAGCUUUGUGAUGCUAGGAGGAAGGGAAAUUAAGGUGUGUAGGUCCAGUAACAUCGAACAUGCCAUGGCCAUCAUUGACCAACUGGCCAAAGAAGCCAGAGCCUUUAACCGCAUCUACGUAGCCUCAGUGCCCGGGUUUCUCUCAGAUGAUGACAUCAAGAGUAUUUUUGAGGGAUUCAGCAAGAGCAAGUCAUGUACUUUGGCUCGGGACCCGAACACAGGCAAACACAAGGGCUAUGGCUUCAUCAAAUAUGAAAUGGCCCAAUCAUGUCUAGAUGCCAUCUCAUUCAUAGCUCCCUUUGACCUGGGGGGCCAAGACCUUUCGGUAGGGAAGGCAGUCACACCACCUAUGCCCCUGAUUACACCUGCCACUUUGGGGGGUCUCCCACCUGCAGCUGCUGCAGCAGCUGCUGCUGCCUCUGCCAAGAUUGCUGCCCAGGUGAAAGCCAUGUCUGCAAAGGGUAUCUAUGAGGAGAAGGAGGAGGAGGCUCGGUCUCUGCCGCUGCCGCCGCCGCCACUCCGGUCCGUGGGCUCCAGUCCGGGUUUUGCGGCGCCCCCCCCCGCCCCCGCCCCCCCAGCUCCGCUCCCUGGCUGCGGCUCCGCGCGGCUCCGCUCGCUGCGCUCCGCCUGCAUUGCCGCGGACCCGGCGCCCAGGGAAGCCACGCGCGGGCCGGCGCGGCCGGGGAGUGGCGUCUAUGCAGCCGGCCCGCCCCGGGGAGGGCAACGGCCCCCGGGGCAUGGAUACCGGGGCCGGCCGGGGUCGGGGCACGGGACUAAGGUGCUGAGCGGCGUGGGGCUCUGGGCUCGGGGCGCCCGCCUCCCUCCUGCCCGCACCCUCCUGCCCGCAUCCUCCUCCCGCGCGCCUGGCCAUGGGCUGCUCCCCGCGGGGCCUGUGGCCCGCGUUCCUGGCCCUCGUCCUCGCCGUCCGACUCCGCGCCUCGGGAAGAUGCCUGGCUUUUGGGACUCUUCUCUGCCCCACUCUACAUCUGGGACUGAGAUCCAGACCAGCCCAGCGUCUGGAAAGGCCCAUCGCCUGGAAAGGCCCAUCGCUCAGGGUCGCCUUGAAGCUCCCGGCUGA